CCUACUGCAGCGAGCCCUCACCGGCCAGCAGACAGCAGAAAGCGAACUCGGAGCGGACCGUGUGUGCGUGAAUCUGGUACUCAAACCUGGUAUUCACCUCCAUUUGACCAGUGGCACACAAUGGCUUCCACCACCGUGCCCAGUGCCGAGCUGGCCCCGGCACUGGUGCCGCCAACUGAGGAAAUGGCAGCCUUGAAGACGACUAGUCAAGACGACGCGGCGGUCGAGUUGCCCCCUCACCGAUCACACGAUCCUGCCAAGAGCCUGAAACGGAGCGAUCCAUUCCAGUUUGGGAGCCGAUACCUCUCCAAGGAAGACGACGUGUUUGAGUUCAAUGCCUGGGAUCAUGUCGAGACUGACGACGCGUACAAGGAGUACACGGAACGUCAACUCGAGAUGCAGCGCCAGGCUCCUGUCUCUGACUUUGACAAGAACAGGUUUAACUCGAACCCCGCAAAGUGGUGGAACCUCUUCUACAAAAAUAAUGCGUCCAACUUUUUCAAGGACCGCAAGUGGCUGCAGCAAGAAUUUCCGAUUCUUGCCGAAGUGACCAAGGAAGACGCUGGGCCAGUGACAGUGUUGGAGAUUGGCGCCGGCGCCGGCAACACGGCGUUUCCUGUACUGGCCAACAACAAGAACCCGCAGCUCAAGAUCCACGCCUGCGACUUUUCCAAGACGGCUGUGGACGUGAUGCGCAAUCACGAGGCGUAUGACACGGCACACAUCCAGGCGGAUGUGUGGGACGUCUCCGGGGACGAUCUGCCUCCAGGUUUGGAGGAGGGCUCCGUAGACGUCGCCGUCAUGGUGUUCAUCUUCUCUGCGCUGUCGCCGACGGAGUGGGCACAGGCGGUCCGCAAUGUGUACAGUGUACUGAAGCCGGGCGGCCUGGUCUGCUUCCGAGACUAUGGAAGAGGUGACUUGGCCCAAGUGCGGUUCCGCAAGGGACGGUACCUAGAGGAGAACUUUUACAUCCGUGGCGACGGGACCCGCGUCUACUUUUUCGACCGGGACGAGCUGUCCAACAUUUGGUCUGGGGAAAGCUCCUCGGGGGUAGACGCGCCCAUGUUCGAGGUGGAGAAUCUCGGCAUCGACCGGAGGCUGCUUGUCAACCGAGCCGAGAAGAUCAAGAUGUAUCGGUGCUGGUUACAAGGAAGAUUUAGAAAGAAGUAGACAAGGAUACCCAAAUAGAAAGCGAAAUCAAUCACGUGGUCAAGCGUAUUGUCUGUUAUUCGCGCUUGAUUCAGUACAGGAGCUGUUCCCGGAGCCUGUCGCGAUCCUGUUGGCCGAAACCGAUCCCAUCCAGGUACGCGUCCAGGCCGCCGUAGGUCUGCGCCAGGUGCUUCUCCAUGCCGGAAAUCAUGUCC